AUGGUCCACCCCGAAUCCGGCUCCCCCUUCGACCGCAAUCAGCUCGAGGAGCUCCUCAGGAAGAGGUUCUUCUACGCUCCCGCUUUCCAGCUCUACAACGGUGUUGCUGGUCUCUACGAUUAUGGACCACCGGGAUGUGCUAUCGAGGCGAACAUUACUGAUCUCUGGCGUAAGCACUUUGUUCUCGAGGAUGACAUGCUCGAGGUUUCUACCACCAUGUUGACCCCCGAGAACGUCUUGAAGACUUCUGGUCACGUCGACAAGUUCGCCGACUGGAUGUGCAAGGACCCUAAGACUGGAGAGAUUUUCCGUGCGGAUCACUUGGUUGAGGAGGUUCUUGAGGCACGAUUGAAGGGUGACAAGGAGGCUCGUGGUGUUGCUGAAGAGGCUCCCAAAGAGGAGGAUGACAAGAAGGCCAAGAGGAAGAAGAAGGUCAAGGAGAUCAAGGCUGUCAAGUUGGAGGAUGCUGUUGUGCAGGAGUACGAGGAAGUUUUGGCCAAGAUCGACAACUACGACGGACCCCAGUUGGGCGAGUUGAUCGCCAAGUACAAGAUCCGCAACCCUGCUACCGACGGUGAGCUCACUCCCCCCAUCGCCUUCAACCUCAUGUUCGAGACCGCUAUUGGUCCCUCUGGUGCCUUGAAGGGCUACCUCCGUCCCGAGACUGCUCAGGGUCAGUUUUUGAACUUCAACAAGCUUCUCGAGUACAACAACGCCAAGAUGCCCUUCGCAUCUGCUUCCAUCGGAAAGUCCUUCCGUAACGAGAUUUCUCCCCGUGCUGGUCUCCUCCGUGUCCGUGAGUUCUUGAUGGCUGAGAUCGAGCACUACGUCGACCCUCUGAAGAAGGAUCACUCCCGCUUCAACGAGGUCAAGGACAUCAAGAUGAAGUUCUUGCCUAAGGAUGUUCAAUCUGCUGGUAAGACCGAUAUCACUGAGAUCACCAUUGGUGAGGCCGUUGAGAAGGGUAUGGUCGACAACACCACCCUUGGAUACUUCUUGGCUCGUAUCUACCUGUUCUUGACCAAGAUCGGUAUUGACCCUACCCGCAUGAGGUUCCGUCAGCACAUGGACAACGAAAUGGCUCACUACGCCUGUGACUGCUGGGAUGCUGAGUUGCAGACUUCCUACGGCUGGAUCGAGUGUGUUGGAUGCGCUGACCGUUCCGCUUACGACUUGACUGUGCACUCUAAGGCUACCGGUGAGAAGCUCGUCGUCCGUGAGGCUUUGGACGAGCCUUACAUCCAGAAGGACUGGAUUGUCGAGACCAACAAGAAGAAGUUCGGACCCAAGUUCAAGCGUGAUGCCAAGGCUGUCGAGGACACUCUUGAGAAGUUGUCAAACGAGGAGAAGCAGGCUCUUGGUGAGCAGCUCGAGAAGGAGGGUAAAAUCACUGUUACUGUUGAAGGACUCGGUCAGGUCGAGGUUGAGAAGGACUUGAUCCUCGCCAUCGAGGAGCGCUCCACCAAGAUCUCCACCCGGGAAUACACCCCCAACGUCAUCGAGCCCUCAUUCGGUAUCGGCCGUAUCCUCUACUCCCUCGUCGAGCACUCCUUCUGGACCCGUCCUCAGGACAUCCAGCGUGGUGUCUUGUCUUUCCCUCCUAUCAUUGCGCCUACGAAGUGUUUGUUGGUUCCCCUUUCUGGUAACGAGGUCUUCAAGCCUAUUGUGAAGGAGUUGGGAUACAAGCUCCGUAAGGCUGGUAUCUCCAACAAGGUUGAUGAUUCUAGCGCUGCUAUUGGAAGGAGGUACGCUCGUAACGACGAGUUGGGUACUCCUUUCGGUAUUACGGUUGACUUCCAGACCGUUAAGGAUGGAUCCAUUACCCUCCGUGAGCGUGACUCUACCAAGCAGAUCCGUGCGUCGCCGGAGGAGAUUAUUGAGGUCAUGGAGCAGCUUAUUGAGGGCGACGCCAAGUGGGAGGACGUCCUUGCCAAGUACGGAGAGUUCACCGGCCAGCAGCUCGACGAUUAG